AACUAAAAAUGAUAUUAUUUUGUUGGUAUUUCUUUGAAUAAAGGCAUUUAUUAUAUUUGUUUAUUUUUUUAUAAAUGCGCGGUUUAUUGUAUUCUUAUAUAUUAAAAUGGAUCUAAAUAAUAUGCUCUUCCGAUUGGAAGAUCUUACAGCUGAAAAAGUAUACGCCGAAUAUGGCAUAACUAAAGAAGAACGAAUGGAAAAUCCGGAGUUGUAUAAAUUGUUCAUCGAAGAUUUCAUACCUACACGAGAAGACCUGCAACGUGAAAUUGAUGAAGAAAAGCUGAAAGAAUUGUGUCAACGUUUACCAUGUCGCGUUUUAAUGGACCGUUGGAAUCCUGUACAAGAUUUUGUGAAUCAAUUCACGCGCCAAGGACGCAUACAACGUUGGACGAAAGAGAAAACUCAAAAACUUUUAGUAAAAGCAGUAACUCGGCAUAAAAAUGUAUGCCUUUAUAGUGAUGAUGAAAUACGCAAACAACGCGAGCGGGAAUGGUGCGAAAGAAAAAAAGAAAAUUUGAUGCGUCUAGAAGUUUGGGAAUACGACCGAAAGCAGCAAGAGUUACAAGAUGUGCAACCUGAAGAAACACAGCACACAAUCUGCGAUAUGCAAAACACUGAAAAUAACAAUGUGUUCGAAAGUGAAAAAACCGAAAUUGAUAUACAAAAGGAUACAUGUGCUGACAGUGCUGCAGCAUCACCUAUUUUCGAUGUCGAGACUGCAAUGUCGGAGUUGCAUGGCACCCCACUGCAGCAGACGCCUUCAGUUAUUGUGCCUAUACCGCCGCUUAGUCAAACUACUCAUUUGAAUGCAGCCGAUUUAACAACAAAUCUUUUGCCACAAAGUCAAGUGCAACAACCCAUUUCACUACCUAGCACGCAAAAUACCGAGGAGCUUGCUGGUCGGGAAUAUGUUGAAAUGGUGCAAGAAAUUAGUGUUAAUGGUAUGCCUAGGUUAGAUGACUUUAUUAAUGUUAAUACGGAGUCUAUGCAACUGGAGGAUUCCAUAACAAUUAAUUCAGAGGACGUUUUUAAUGGUGAAUGCACACCGCCAUACUAUGAGUUCAACACACAUGUAUCAAUGACGUCAACACAAUCGCCGACUGCCAAGUAACUUGUUCUAGUAGCUAAUAUAGUUAUAUUUUUUAUAUAAAAUGUUAAAGUUUUAAAUAUUAUUUUAUACGAAAAUUGUUUGUGGAAAAUAUAAUGCCAUGGCAAUAAAAAAAUAAAAAUUUAAAUAUUUAAUGAUUAAAAGUAACUG